AUGGACACAGCACCACCACCCUACACUCCCACCUCACCCUCACCCUCACCUUCAACCUCUACAUCACCAACAAUAACCCCCCAAAACCUCGCCCCAGAAACCCUCCUCACUCGCGGUUUCCAAAUCCCCUCGAAAUCCGCCUACCCAACCUCCGGCUUCACAUACCCGCCCCUCCUCGCCCAAUACAACAUCACCCCCACCGACUGGGAAAACUUCACCUCCGAGGUAAUCACCACCGCAAAACUAAGCCGCAAGCAAUGGACCACAGCCAUCGGGAAGGGGCUGGGGGUGAUGGUGGUCGGGGGCCUCAUGGUUGGGUUUCUAGGGGCCAUACCGGCGUAUUAUGUGGCGAGACGGGCGCAGCGGAGUCGGGAGGAGAGGAAUAUGAUUGUUGGGAGUGGGGAGUUGAGGGAUGUUAUUGAGCGGUGGAAUGGGGGGUUUUUUGAGCCCAGGGGGGUUUUGAUUCGGGUUGAUUUGCCGUUUGAGGAGGUGGAGGAGAUGGAGAUGAUGGAUGUUUUGGAGAGGAGAAGGGGAAUUCCGGGGUUUGGGGCGUCGAGGGAGGGGGAGAGGGUGAGGGAGGAUGCGGCGAGGAAGGCGAGGAUUGUUGUUAUUCCUUUGCCUGGGAAGUUGGGGUAG